CGGUUGGUUCAAGAAAGCCUAAAAAAGAGGGAGUUGGUAUUAGUUUGUUCAUCUUGUCAACUUUCUUGAAAAGCAAAGGUUUUUAAUAAUUUUUUUUUUCUCUUUUUGAAUCUUGAAGUUUAAUACAAACUUCUCAUAUUAAUUGUUAAGACUUUUUAGUUAGUAGAGUAUACUAUACUAGCUAUAUACUAGAUUAACUUUUUUGGUGAAGUUAUUACAUGUGUAUGCUCAAGGUGGCGAAUUUUAGAAACAAAGCCAAUUACAAGCCAAUAAGAGAUGAUGAAGCUGGGAAUAUUAAUGUGAUGUUUUCUGGGAUUAAUAGAGAAGAGGAGAUGUCUGUCAUGGUUUCUGCACUGACACGUGUCGUGAGAGGUGAAGAUAAAGUACUUAAUCAAGGAGAUGGUGGUGAUGUUGCAGCUAAUAAUUGGAAUAGUAAUAUUGGUGCUGGUGUUGGAGAGAAAAGGGAACGUGAAGACCAAAGUGAGCAGCUGUUCUUGUCUGAUAUUAGGUCAUCAGGUGGAGAAAGUUCAAAUAUUAGGACUAUUGCCAGCAACACACCAACAACAGAAUCAACAUUCAUAUACCUUACUCCCACAUAUGAAGAAGGAAAUAUUAAUCAUCAACCAAGAAGAAGAUAUAGAGGAGUUAGACAAAGGCCAUGGGGAAAAUGGGCAGCAGAAAUCAGAGAUCCAUAUAAAGCUGCUAGGGUUUGGCUUGGCACUUUUGACACUGCUGAAGAUGCUGCUAGAGCUUAUGAUGAAGCUGCUCUUAAAUUCAGAGGCAGCAAAGCUAAACUCAACUUCCCAGAAAAUGUUAAACUCAUGCCUACUUCUUCAACUCACGAACAAUCACCAUUGAAGUUAUUCCCGCAUCAGAAUGCUGUCAGUAAUCUGGGAUUUCCCACUAGCACAUUUCCAACGGAUUACGUGGAAAAUACACGUGUUUCAUCCUUUUCUAGUAAUUAUCCUAUAAUUCACACUCAACCUAAUUCUAAUAAUACUAACAUAAACCCUCAAAUUUUCCUGAAUGAUGAUUUUCAAUGGUUACAACCACCUUCAAGUUUGUUAAACCAAUUCCAGUACUCGUCAUCUUCGUCGUCGUCGUUGUCUUCUUCUUCUUCUCAACUGCCUUUUCUUCCAAGAAUGUCUUUUCAAGGUUCCAAGCCUACUAGUCAGAGUAGUGGAAGUGAUUUUCGGGCUACUUCGUCGGAUUCAACUUAUGAUCAUCCUUCUUCUUCUUCAAGAUAAUUUAGUAGCUAGGUUUUUUUAUUUGUCACUUCAAUGUGAUUCUUGAAUGGAUUGUGAAUCAGAAUCGGGUUGCAAUUUGCAUAGUGAUCGGUCUAGAUGAGCAAGGUCCACUUUUCUUAUUCUGGUAAUUUUGUUGGGAUAUAUCUUGAGUGAGACCUUAUCUGGAAAUUUCUUCUUGUAACAAGGAAGAACAUAAAAAGACGAUGAUUGAUGAUGAUGAAACGAAUAUCAGAACAAUGUAUCUUUCA